AGCAAGACGUUUUUCUAAUUUAUUAUUAGGAAAUUUAUAUUGAAACUUCGUCAGAAUAUUCCGGUUAAUAUGGCAACGUGUGGUGAAUAUAUUCGUAGUCAAUUUCCAACGAUAGACGAUGAUUUAUACCAAUAUGUAGAAGGUAUUUUAGAUAGUUCCAAAGAUGAUUUUGAAGAUGGCGAUGAGAUUUAUGAGGCUAUCGGGGAAGUUUUACAUGAAGUAGCUGAUAAAUCAGAAAACGAGGUUAGAGAAAUAUGUGUGAAAUUACUAGAAAUGUUAAAAGGUAAUACCGAAGAAGGACAAGUUGAAAGGAGAAAAAAUGGUGUAAAUAAAGUAUUAAAUGCUCCUGUUCAUCUAGGAGCAAUGGCUGCUACUUUGGAAGCACAAGUAGAACAAAUUAAAAGUAUAUGGGUGACAACAAGGGACGAUGCUAUGAAAGUGGAUGCUAAAAAAUUAGAAAAAGCAGAGGCUAAAUUACAACAGAAACAAGAAAAAAGAGUUAUAAAUGAAUUGGGUAUAGCAGGCCGUACAAACAACAUAAACCAAGCUACAGAAUCUGCAAGUGCCAGUCAAAUGACAAGUAAAAAAGAUAGUAGAAUGGAAACCAAAGGUGGAGUAAAUAAGACACAAGAUAUCAGAAUAGAAAACUUUGAUGUUGCAUACGGAGAUAGAGUAUUAUUACAAGGUGCCGAUUUAACUCUUGCAUUUGGUAGACGCUAUGGUUUAAUUGGUAGAAAUGGUCUAGGUAAGACCACAUUGCUUAGAAUGAUAUCCAGUAAACAGCUUAGAAUACCAUCUCAUGUACGAGUUCUACAUGUAGAGCAAGAGGUAGCCGGUGAUGAUACAUCGGCUCUCGAGUCUGUACUAGGAUGUGAUCAAGAAAGAAGUACUCUGUUAAGUCGAGAAACGGAAUUACAAGCUGCAAUAGAAAAAGAUGGGGGUAAGACAAGUGAUGCAUUAGGAGAAGAAUUAGCUCGAAUAUACGAAGCUAUGCAGUUGGCUGAAGUCGAUAAAGCACCAGCUAAAGCAAGUGCAAUAUUAUCUGGACUUGGAUUUUCUGUUGAAAGGCAAUCUUGGCCUACCAAAGCUUUUUCUGGUGGUUGGAGGAUGAGACUUGCUCUUGCAAGAGCACUUUUUUCUAGACCAGAUCUUUUGUUACUUGAUGAACCGACAAACAUGCUUGAUAUCAAAGCUAUACUUUGGCUUGAGAAAUAUUUACAAUCCUGGCCAACGACUCUACUUGUUGUUUCUCACGACAGAAACUUUUUGGAUACUGUACCUACGGAUAUUUUAUAUUUACGAGGUCAAAAAAUAGAGGCAUAUCGUGGUAAUUAUGAACAAUUUUCCAAAACUAAAGGCGAACGCGAACGAAAUCAACAAAGAGAAUAUGAAGCUCAACAAGCUAAAAGAGCCCACGUGCAAGAAUUCAUUGAUCGCUUUCGUUAUAAUGCCAACCGUGCCUCUAGUGUACAAAGUAAAAUAAAAAUGUUGGAGAAAUUACCAGAAUUAAAACCCAUGGAAAAGGAAGGAGAAGUAACACUACGAUUCCCUGACGUUGAACCAUUAAGUCCUCCAAUACUUCAGUUGAAUGAAGUUUCAUUUCGUUAUGAAACUGGAAACGAUAAUUCAUACGUCUUUACUGGUGUAAAUUUAACGGCAAGCUUACAAUCUCGUAUUUGUAUUGUGGGUGAAAAUGGUGCGGGUAAAACCACGUUAUUAAAAAUAAUAACAAAUGCUUUAAGUCCAACACGAGGCACAGUGCACGUGCAUCGUAACUUGAAAUUUGGAUAUUUUAGUCAACAUCACGUUGAUCAAUUAGAUAUGCGUGUAUGUCCUGUCGAAUUAUUGCAAAAUCAUUUUCCAGGUAAACCAAUCGAGGAGUACAGACGAAUGCUUGGUAGUUUUGGGAUAAGUGGUGAUUUAGCAUUGCAAACGAUCAAUUCGUUAUCAGGAGGCCAAAAAUCAAGGGUAGCUUUUGCUUUAAUGUGUGCAGCAAUGCCAAAUUUCUUAGUACUCGACGAACCUACGAAUCAUUUGGAUAUAGAAUCAAUCGAGGCAUUAGGAAAAGCACUCAAUAGCUGUCAAGCGGGUGUUAUUUUAGUGUCGCACGACGAACGAUUAAUACGUAUGGUUUGUACAGAGUUAUGGGUCUGUGGCGAAGGAUCAGUUCGGUGUAUUGAAGGAGGCUUCGAUGAAUAUCGUAGGAUUAUUGAAAGAGAGCUUGAAGUAUAAAAAAUAUGAUUUUGUUUAUAUGUUUUAAUCUUACAAAUUACUUAUGCUACCUUGUAUUAAAUAAUGCAAUGUUAUGAAAAUUUUAGAAAAUAAUCGCGUUAAUUAAAUUCGUAUACAAUGCCA